AUGGCUGACGACGGCGGCUGGGCUGGUCUCCCGCUGGAUCUCUUCUCCCUCAUCUUCUCCAAACUCUCUCUUCCUCAAUUUCUCCGCUCGGCAGCCGUCUGUGUUUCGUGGUCGGCUGCCGUCCGGGAUCUGUCCACGCGCGGAAGCUACUUUAAGUUCCGCGGGCAGAGCCCCUGGCUCGUGCUUAAAGACAAUCCCCGCGGCGACCCAUCCGCCAUCACCUUCUACGCCUUGGACGAGCGAAGGGAGUACACCAUCCCCGUCCCGGACCCUCCCAUAAGCGACCGACUCUUCCUCGGCUCUGCUCACGGUUGGAUCAUCACGAUCGACGUCCGUCUCCAGGUGCAGCUGCUGAACCCGAUCACUGGCGCGCAGAUCGACCUCCCUCGCCUCCUCCCCUCCGAGGACACCCAUCCCAUCCGCAACACUGCAGGGUGCCUAAUCGGCUUCAUGAUGCCGAAAACAGUGAGCAAAGAGAAGGUCGAAACAUAUAGGUAUAGCGAUUGGUAUAUGGAACAACAUCACUUCAAAGCAAUUCUUUCUGCUGAUCCGUCGCUCGGAGAUGGCUACACCGUCGCGCUCAUACAAUAUCGUCCCGGGAGAAUCUAUUUUAUCCGCUCCGGUGACGAGAAAUGGUUCGAGCUAAGGAACUCCAUUUUAGUUGAAAAUAUGGUCUUCCAUAAAGGCAAACUGUAUAUGAGCACACUUUCAGAAGUGUAUGUUUGUGAUCUCGACGAGGAGGCCCAAAUUGAACAUGGCGAAAUGCCCAGAUUUAGAGUGGUCGAUCGAGCACUACAUCGUGACGACCUACACUACUUGUUUGAGACUCCUCGAGGGGAUCUUUUGAGUAUUUGGAGGGAGAGCAAUGAAAAUCUUUCGAAGACCGCCAUGUCUGUCAAGGUUCACAGGGUGAUAGAUGAUGCGGAGAGGCCAAGUAAAAGACUAGAAAAAACGAUGGACUUGGGAGAGGAGUUUAUUAUCUCCUUAGGCGACAGCAGGGUGGUGGUGGAUAAUGAGAGUCUAAGUAUCAGAGUAGAAGCCAAGGACUUGGGAGACUUGAUCAUCUUCUUAGGCGACGGCAACGUACUUUGCCUUUCUGGUUGUGAUUUUCCACAUUUGACGCCAAAUUCUAUAUAUUUUACCGAUGCCGAUCUAAUUCGAAAUCGAUUGCUUUACCAUCCGCAAAUGUCUCAUGAAAGAAAUUCGCACAAGUUUUCUGCCUUCUUUCUGCCAAUGUUUUUGGAACGAAAUUGGUUCAGAAAAAUUCUGAAUUGUCCGAUUUCCUUAACCAUCGACGCGACUAAUUCCGUCCGAUUAUAUUGGCAGCCUCCCUCAAGCUCCAUUAAUUAG